UAAACCAUUUGUUUGGCGCAACACUCUAAAACAGCUGAUGAGUAAGUGACGCAUUUUAUCGAAAACGGGAAUUCAAAAUAGUAAUUUUCAAGUGUUGUGUGAUUUAUGUAUGUAUUAAAUUUGUUGAGUUCUACAAAAGUUGUUGAUUGCCACACGUUGUUUAUUAAACUAAUACAAAAUGCUGGGAAGCCGCCGUAACUUAAAAAGGUUACGAACCCCCAAAAAUGGAAAAACGGCCAUCAAAGUACGUUAAACUCACGAAGACAAACGUGGAAACACAAGAUGAAAACCGGUGUGAGAAUUGCGUGUGGCUGGAAGAAAUAUUUGAAACAAAAAUAGAUAAGAAAUUUCAGGAAAUAAAAGAUUCAAUAUCAAAACUACAUUCAUUCGUAACAGAGGAACUAAAAAAUUCGACCACUCAUCAAAAUACAGUUGUAAUGGAAGCAUUGGCUGAACAAAAUGUUCUUAUAAAAAAGCUAUUAAUUCAAGACACAGAGAACUCAACCAUGUCGGGUACAUUCCCCAUAAAAGACGACGACACGCUAAAAGAAUUGGAUGAAAAUAUAGACGAAUCCAACACUAAAAGCUAUGUCAAUAUGGUGAAAAAAAUUAUUUCCAGUAAUUUACAGAAAAAUAUUGACUUGAUUUUCGAGCCGGAAUUCAUUUAUGAGUACAACACGGACGGUAGUCAUGGAAAGAAGCGGUUGAAGGACUUCAAGCUGUAUAAAGUCGUCAAAGAUGCCGUUGCAACGUUAUAUGGUGUAGAAGAGGCUGAGGAGAAGAUUCGAAGGGCGAUCCAUCUGUCGAAAAAGCGCUAUUUGAAAAAAAUACUUAUAAGUAAACGAAACCAAAGUGACGAUUAAAGUAGUCUUAUACAGUAACUUACAAAAGUAAGCAUGGAGUGAUUUUUUUACAAUAGUUAUUGAAAUUAUAUCAAACUGUUUAAACAGAGUUUUUAAUUUUUCAUUUCGUAGGUACGCAGUUUAUAGCCCCUUUAACCUUUUUUGGUGACGGUGUUAAGCAUUUCCUUCCAUAUAAAGAAAGUUUGGAAUUGGUUAUAUGGAGGAAAAAGCUGAACCCCUCAGCAAAAAAGAAAUACUAAAAAUCAACGUGAGUUUGAGCUACUUUGAACUUGGAAUUCAUUGUAAUAAAAUUGAAUGGGCUAUAAAACUGGGUACCUAUACAAUUAAACAUUAAAAAUUCUGUUUAAGCGUUUGAAAUUUUGAUGAAAAUUUUUUGAUUUUUUUACACUUUAACAAAUUAGGAAACUUUGUUUUUAUGGUUUUAUUAACGAACAAGCCUUAUACAUAUACAUAUACAGUGGUCGAUCAAAUUAUAUCCGCACCCCAUUUUGACAAGUUCGAACAUAUUAUUUCUUUUUUUUUGUUAUUGAAUUUUGGUUAUUUUUUAUUAAAACAUAGUUUUCUUUCACAAAACCAAGUUUCAUAUUAAAAAAAAAAAAAUUCUACAAACUUUCGUAAAAAUUUUGAACUUUUUUAAUUAGAUUC